AUGCAGUUCAAAGGUGACAAUUUUGUACUGAUAGAAAAAGCAGGUAAUGUUGUUGGUAUUGCUGGAGGAGGUAAAUUGGCAGUUUCAGCUGAUGGCCUUAAGGCAGUUGAUUUUGGAGCAGCUUGCGUCGCAGCUUGCGGUGGUGAUUUAGGUACUCCGGACCGUUGCGGAGAUUGCGGAUUUGGGAAAGGGUCUCGUUUAAUUG